CUUUAAAAGCAAAGCCUGCAAAGUACACAACCCCUGAAAAAGUUGUGAAGUUAUCAUUCCCGGAAUAUGUGUUGCACACCGACACUGAACUUGAGCAAGUCCGAAAACAGUACUUCGAGUUGUCUAAAACGGGCUUAGAAAGCACCUGCCAUAUGUCAAAGGAACUCAGAUGCAGACUCAUCCGAAACACCAUGACCAGUAUGAUGGCAAUUCUGAGGGCAAGAGGGGAUGAAGGAUCAGACAGAUACCCAUCAAAACCAGAAAUUACAGCAAUGGCAAAAAGAAUAGUACAAUAUUACCCAAUGCUGCAGGAUAAAGGCCUGAAGAAUACAUGGGUCACUGUGUUUACACAGCUGUACAAACGACUGCAAAAUGUGAGAUCUCCCCAAAAACGCAAAAAAGAUGGGAGUCAUUCAAAGAGCUCUACAAAGAGGCAUCAUCUUGAACACCCAGAUGACACUGAUGAAAUUGAUUCAAACGACUCAACAGUGAUUCUGGAUCUCUCCACGGAGGGUAGUAGCAGGUCAGACCCCAGCAAUAAAGAAAGAGCUAACAAGCCUGCUCAUAGUGCCAGUCCAGAUGCGGCCAGUCAAGCAACCUUGGCCAAGCACUACAAGGCCCUACAGGCUUUGUUUGAAAGAAAAAAUCCAAACUACCAGGAUGUUUCUCAUCUUCUGGAUUUGGAAUUUGCAGCCAGAAGAUUAUUCAUUGACUCGGAUACCAUUCGUGAGGAGGACAGACCUGAAAAGAUUCUCGAAGCUUAUCCCUGUUUUAAGGACAUUGGACAUGUGAUGGACGAGCUUCGACGCAUUUUGGACAUGAGAAACUGCAACUUCAUCAGUGAAUUAAAGGAAAGAUGGCAUGACUUCUGCCAGAAGGUGCAGUUUUUUGGUGUGUCCAAAAACAUGCUGAAACCACCAAUGGGAAUAGACAAAGUGCAACAAGCUGUCGAAAUUCUGCGUGUGCUGCCAUCACUGUUCCCCUCCAUGUCUGGUCUGCCGAAGAAAGUCAGAGAUCUAAGUCAGGCUCUGGUGCAUGUCCUUGAGGAAAAAGAAGACCCCAAUUCCUACUUGAGGAAGCGCCCUCUCACAUGCCCGGUCCUGAUUGUUAGUUCGUCCAACUGCCUUCUAGCGGUAGGAAAUGUGCCGAUAACUACCUUUCCCAAGGACAAGGUCACCGAGGGUGCUGUAUACCUGAUGGCAUACUAUUGCACCCUACAUCUUACAUACCCAAAGUGUGUCGCAACUCUGAUGUCACUCAUACAAACAGAGGUCCUACUGGACAACAUUCAUGAGAGUGAUCUCACAUCAUCGUACAAAAAAAGCAUGGCUGAGUGGAAGGCUUUUAUUGGCCAGUAGGCUUGUGGUAUGCAAAAUAGCACCCACUUCUUCCCCGAGGCUGCUAUCCACAUACAAUGGUGGACAAGUUGGUCAUAUGUUAAGUUUGUGAGACCUUUUCAAUGUUAAGCACUUGGCAAAUGUUAUGGGCUGAGCAAGUGUUUGUGUGAUUUGUAUAUUUUAUGUGUUUUGAAAAUAUUUUUUGUGAUAUACUGUUGUGCAUACAGUGAGCCGUAAAGAGCUCCCCCCACAAAAAGCAUGCCAGUGCAAACAUUUAUUGACGAAUAAACGUUGAAUGCGAGACUAAUUCUCAUUUACUUGCCUUAUUUUGAGCUGAUAAUGUCUUAAAUUGAGAACAAUAUUGCUAAUAAUUAUGACUCAAAAACCCCUAAUUGUAGUCUGUUAUGCUAACUUCAAGAUAUAUUGUCUCAAAAUGCCUCUUUCUAAUCUCACUUCAAG